GCAACCGCGCUCAACAAAUCAAUGCCGCAACUAUCGAUCCCUAGUUCUAGCCUACUCCUUGGAACGCCAACGCCUCCCUCAUCAAGGACCGAGGAGUAAUGCUAUAACUAGAUACUGGCUGUUAUUUACGGAUUCCAAGGGUAUAAUAAUACUUUGCUUUAUUAGAAGAUGAUGUGUGGUGAUGAUGUGUACUGCAUGACAUAUGUGAUCGAUUUUCAUUCGGUGUGAUAGCGGGGGCAAAGAUUGAACGUGUUGGACUGCAUGCAAAACUAAAAUGGAGGCAGACUACGAGGAGUACGACCGAUCCAAGCAGGAAUUCGACCCAUUUCAGAACGUAAAACCAAGUUCUGGAUCGACCAAUGGCGCUCGCGAGCCAUUCAAAGGGGUUUCUCAUUCUCAACAGCCGCAGCGACCAACAGCUUUCAGUCGAGACUUCUUGGACUCUCUCUGCACAGUGGUCAACAGAGACCUUCUCUUCUGCAAGCUUUUCUAUUUCUUCUUCUUCGGCGCUUUUGGUUCCCUCUUUCCCCUGCUGGCCAUUUACUUCAAACAGCUUGGCAUGAACGCUUCCCAGAGCGGUGUGCUGAUCGGCUUCCGGCCGUUCAUCGAGUUUCUCAGCGCGCCUUUCUGGGGAGGCCUGGCGGACAAGUGGAAGAGAGGCAAGGAGAUGCUGCUCUUUUCUCUCGUCUGCUGGAUCGUCUUCACGCUGGCCAUCGCCUUCGUCAAGCCCCCUGCACACAAAUGCAUCACCUUUAAUGGAACUCACAAUCUCCUGGAGGUUCCCUUGGGCCGCAGACGUCGAGACGAUGCCAGCGCCAUCCACCGGUUCUCUGUCGAUCUCACACCGAUGUCUGUCUCGCAUUUAGGAGGCUUCAAAGUUCUCGGAUCCGAUUUCAGAUUAUUGAAUCCACCCCCCUUGCUGUCAAAGACGACGACACUGUCGGUGGCGGACAGUAUUCAAGACCCUCGUUUAGCUCACAACAGCGGCUGGGCUAAAGACGUUAUUGUACUGCCCGACGAUCUGGAAGUAAUCGACAUCAACAGUCGUUACCGACGCAGCCCCGUCGUCGAUCCCAGCAAAAUUGCUAACGUGAAUGGUUCGAUGCGUGGACUGAUCUUCAAUCGCCACUCGACCGUUGUGUAUCAGGAAGAUGAAGUAUCGCAGGCGUUCUUCAUCCUUCUACUCCUGGUCAUUAUCGGCGAGUUUUUCAGCGCCCCUGCCAUCACGUUCGCCGACUCGGUGACCUUGUCCUUCCUGGGAGAAGACACUCAGAACUAUGGACGACAGAGAAUGUUCGGAUCCUUAGGCUGGGGUCUCGCCAUGUUUUUUGUGGGCAUGGCCUUGGACCACUCGACAACCUUUCCUGACCACCCUUGCGGUAAAGCGCACCUGAGUGAGAAAAACUACACAGUUUGUUUUGCUGUCUUCUCUGUCCUCAUGAGCUGCGCCUUCCUGGCAGCUUUACAGUUUCGAUUUGACCACCACCUCAACCGGAAGCUCAAACUUUCUGAAAUCCCAGUGAAGGUGAAGGACAAGGUCAAGAGGGUGAUCUCAGGUCACAGGAAGAUAGAUCGGGAGAGGCUGGUGGAGGAAUACGACGAGGAUGACGAAGAGUUUCCAAGGAAACCGUUAGAGGACGCCGUUGCUGAGGACUCCGCAGAAUCGAAUCUGAAAAUCAACCCAGCUGCAGGUUCUGAUAUGGUAACAGAUGCAUUAAAAGCUCCUGGGGCUAAGGCAGGGCGUGGCCUAGGUGGCGCCACUGGAGCUAUACCUUUUGGCAGUGCAGAGGCUAACUACUCAGAUCAACCAUUCUUUGGCAAAUGGAUAGCUGUGGUCAAACUGCUUGCUACAUACCAGUAUAUCUCAGUUCUGUUUAUAGCUUGGUUCAUGGGCUUUGGGAUAGGCAUCAUCUUUACUUUUCUUUUCUGGCAUCUUCAAGAUCUGGGUGGAUCUCCAACUUUGUUUGGCGUGGCGUCUGUGAUCAAUCACAUCUCUGAGCUGUUCGCUUAUUUUAUGGCUGGCAAUUUGAUCUUAAAAUUUGGUCAUGUCAAGAUUCUGUAUGCUGGUUUAUUAGGAAACAUUGCCAGAUUUUUUUACAUUUCAUUUUUGUCUAACCCGUGGUGGGUUUUGCCAUUUGAAUUUGUACAAGGAUUAACACAUGCCGCGGUAUGGGCGUCUUGCUGUGCAUAUAUCACUCAUGCCAUUCCUGUGGAGUUAAGAUCGUCUGCCCAGGGAAUUCUGCAAGGCUUGCACCAUGGCCUAGGAAGAGGCUGUGGCGCUGUAUUUGGCGGUCUUUUAGUCUAUCAGUAUGGCAGUAUUGUCACCUUCCGUAUAUAUGGCGUUACUUGUAUCAUGGUGCUACUAGCGUAUGUUGGAAUCAACGUGUUUCUGGAGAAGCGCGGUAAGUUUUCUCAUGGUGGCAAAGUUCCUCACGAGCUCUUCGAGGACACAGCCCACCUGGCACCACACGGUGUCCCCUCGGGCAUGGCCAGGAAUUUGUCCAACACUCGGCUUGCCAAAGAUGUCAAGCAAGAAUAUGGGUCAGUGACCAAUGAUAAUGGCUCUUCAUUUGCUGUUCAAGGACAAAGAGACGGUCAGUUAAGAACAUCCAGCAGACGACAGGAGGAAAAUCCUCUACAUCAAGGUUACGAAGGAGACCGGAUAACCAUGUUUGAGCCCCCUCGUCUGCCCACACACAUCUAUCAACAACAACCCAAGAACAGCUAUGAUCAGGAUUACGGCCCAUGAUGUUCCAUGCUUCUUACCUCCGACUUUAGAGUUGAAUUUGUUAGUAGUAUAUAUCUAUUUUGUAUACUAUAUUCCAUUUAUUGUAAUGCCUGCAAAAUCGUAUGUAUACUGUUUUUGUUAACUGGUAUAAUGACUUUGUUGAGUUGAUAAUAUUUGUAUAUCAACUGGAUGGAUACAUUUAACGUAUUUUAUCCAUAGAACUGGAAGUAGUAUCACUUUGUGAGAUGUCUCCAAUCCAAACAAAUAAUUCUAGAUUGAAUUCAAUGAUUUGUAAUCAUUGAUAACUGCGCGAUAUUGUCAUGUGUCAGUUGAAAGGUAGAGAUCCUUGCCUAGUAGCUUACCAGACUCAGAAUGAGACUUCAUUGAUGUUUAAAAAAAAAUGAAACAAAUCUAUAUCAUUCUAUCAGAGAAAGCACUAGGUAAUGUACUAGAGAUGGUAUAAAAGUUUGCAAGUUUAAAUCAGCUUAUUAAGAAUUUAAUAGGGUUUGAAGAGUAAAAGGUUACUAUUUUCAGGGAGCAUCUGAAAUUUACAAAUAUUAUAAUGUUUGAAUGUCAAAAACUAACAAAUCUCAUCGGGACACGCAUUUAAAUGUAAUUUAUGAAAUUAAAGUUCCCCUUUCAGAUCUUGCGAUCUAUAGGGCAGAUAAUGUAAAGGUCACGGUUAACGAGGGUGUCAUGUGGCCAGCACAACGACCAGCCGCCAUUCUUUUCCCCACCUAAUUUCAACUAAGGUACCCAUUGGAGCUGGGGAACUCAGAGGCCCUCAAAGAUCGUGAAAUUAAAAAUCCUAGACUUCACCAGGAUUUAAACCCGGGACCACCGCUUUACCUAACCCUCAAAGAUCGUGAAAUUAAAAAUCCUAGACUUCACCAGGAUUUGAACCCGGGACCACCGCUUUACCGCUUAGCCACAGCGCCUACUUGUACUCUAUAGCAUGGAAAAAUUCUGAUUUAUUGCUUUUAAGAAUAAAGCCAAUAGUCCAUAAUUUCCAUCCUUUUUUUUUCGAUGAAAGAUAUUAAGACAAGUCAAAGCUAUUUAUAUUUUUACAUAGACAAUGGGAUUUGCUUUAUUUAUAUUUUUUGUUAUAGUUCAUUGUUGUAGCAGUUACUGCGCUAUUACUAGUUGAUGGAGAAAAAAAAUAAUUUAGAUUUGAGAGUAAAUGUUACUGUUAAAUGCUGGGUAUCAGAUACCAGGAAAAUACAAAUGUAAAUAUAUGCAAAAAAGAAAAGUGAGGCACAGUGUUCAUCUCUACUCUUUGGUAAUCAAGGGAUUAAAAAUUAAUAUGUAAAAAGGACGUCUCAGUAACUUUUGGUAAUUAGCGAUACAUUGUUUUUCGCAGGGGUGGACUGGGUGUCUAAAUCGGCCCGGGCAUUUCUUUACUAUCCGGCCCUUAAAUUGUAUAUAUUCAUAAUAUAAGAUAAACGAAUGAAACCUACAAGUAUGUAUGUAAGUUUAUUGCGAUCUAUGGACUGUGGAGUAUGCCCUAUCAUUAUGCCGAAAACGACCAACUGUCUUCACUUUUUCCCUCAACCAAUGUCAGGUACCUAUUAGAACUAGAUGGAUCCCGAAAUUAAAAACCACAAUCACACUAGGAUUCGAAAGCCAGGCGCUUUACCACUCAGCCACCGCGAUUCUUGUCUACGGAUGUAGGCUAGUACAUUAGUUCGAAAACAAAAUGUGUUAGAUAAAAGUAGUAGUACACUAUAACAGAUUAUUUGAACACGAAAAGUCACUUUUAUAAGAUAAUAUUAUAAGACCUCAAUCCAUGAGGCCCUUUAGGUGCCCUACCAUCCCAUUUGGGUACCGGCCCACCGGGCAUUUGCCCGAAUGCCCAUAUAGCCAGUCCGCCCCUGCUUGUUUGCACCCUACUGUGAUCAUGUGAUGAGAAUGUUUGACUUGCUAAUAUGCCUAUAUAAUACAACCGAUUUAUUAUUUAUUUAUAGUUACGUUGGUGUCAGGUUCUACUAUAAGGUGGUUCUGUUAUAUUCUUGGACUGUAUGUCUACCAUGUCAGUGAUGUGUGGGGCAAACAUAUUGGUAUGCUAUAGUCAUUUAGGAUAAUGACAAUUAAGAUAAUAAUAAUAAUAAUAAUAAUAAUCUCUAUUGUCCGUAAGGAAAUUUGUUUUACAAUUUUCGUAUUACAUCAAACGAAACAUUCUAACUAUUAAAAAAAAUGUACAUUCACACCAGACUCACUCAUAAUUUACAUGUGAAAAGUUUAUAUCAGAUCGUUAUAAUUAGUUAAAUAAACCAAGCUGUGGUAUCAUGGAAUCCUAUAUAUCCCAGUGCUGAAUACAUUGAAAUAUUUCUAAAAUCUAUUAGACUCAUAAACCUCCUAUGUAUUUUCAAGUAAAAUAUUAUCUUUAAAAAAAAAUUGAAUUAGAAAACUUUUAGUUUUUGGUAAAGCAUUUAGGUUUACAUUUCAGUUCAUGUUUGAUGAAGAUUGGUUUAUCGUUGCAAAGAUGUUUUAAAUUUCAUAACUGUGUCCUAAAAUGAUGACAGUAAAAAUUAUUAUUCUGAGCAGCCCAUGCAAAUUUUCAUGAAAUAUGAUGACUCUGAGUCAUAAAGACCCCCAUUUCAAUAUUUUAAAUUAAGCCCAUAUAAAACCAUGGUGUACACUAGUCUUCUGUUUGUGUUUACAACUCUGUUAAUGAAGUGCUGUGACAAUAUCUAUAUUUCAAAUUUGUUAUUUUUAUUUUGACUGCUUGGAUUGUACGAUUGUUAAAUGCACAUGUUUGACCCAAUGUGACAAAAUGAAACCAAGUGUUUUUCAUACGUGAACAUUCUUACUCUUAAAACAAGCUAAAUAUUUUUUAAAAUCGUUUUUUUUUUUUAAAAAAAAAAGCUUUUCUAUGAAGAAGUACUAAAAAAUUACUGUCAUUCAUCUCAAUACAUCUCAAUAAGCUCCCUUUAAAAGUAAAACAUAUAAAACAAAAUUAAUUAAUUUCCACUGUUUGAUUAGCUAAUUUGUUAAUAUUUUUGUUGAUUCGUGUAUUGUCAUCGACUAUGAAUGAUUAUGCAUAAUUUAAACGUGAUCCGAGAUGGGAUAUAAACAUAAUAAGGGAAAUAACUCCACCUAUAUAGUUACAUCUCUCAAUAAGUAGUAUUUAUUUCUCCUUUUCGAUACCAAACAAAAGAAUUGAUUUACAAUAGAUAAAUAAUUUUUUGAUUGGUCCCUGUUUCGUUAGGUACAACAAACAAUUGUGUAAAGUUUCAACCUGAUCCGAAAAUGGGUGUGGGAGACAUAACGUGUACAGAAAUUGUACCAGACAGAGUGAUAUAAAAUUGGUUAGGCCAAUAAUAGAAUAUGCAUCCUCUGUUUGGGACCCCCUCAACUCAAGAAAACAUUAAGAAACUGGAACAGACACAAAAUAGAUCAGUGAGAUUCAUAACAGACGAAUAUUCACAUUUGACUAGACUGUCACUAGAGUAACAUCUUUAGUAAAAAUCACUAAAUUUAGACAGCUUUCAGGAUAGAAGACUUAUAAGUAAAGUAGCAAUCAUACAUAAAACACUGAACCAUAAUCUUCAAAUACAAAAAUAAAAUUUAAUAAAAUAAUCAGAAAGACACAAAGAUAAAGGCACGAUAUUCGUUCCAUAUGCUACUACAAAUGUGUACAAAUACUCCUUCUUCCCUAGCACUAUUAGAGCAUGGAAUGGGUUCCCUGAGCUAGCCAGGAAAACCAGUGACUUGGCAGAAUUUAGGUCAUUUGGUAAUAUGCAUGACGCGUAGGACUUAAUCAUCUUCUUUUUUGAAGUAACGUCUGUAUUAUAUAAGAAAAGAUAAGAUUUGUAAAAAGCUAAAGAAAUAUCUUAGCUACAACAGUACACAUAAAUUCAAUUUAAAGUUAGCCUUAAUAAAAAAAAAUUAUCUUCAUUUUUAACAAUUCAUUUUGCCUUGACAUACAGAAUAUUUUGGGGCCCCUCCAAAAAAAAAAACGUGCACCCUUCCCCAUUUCCAAUUUAAUAUCCCCUUAUGUUUGAAAAUGAACCCUGCGACGUAGGUAACAUUUCAUUAUCUUGAUAGCUUUACAUCCACUUUGGUAACCUUGUAUCACAUUGGGUCAAAUAGUGUGCACAAAAAGCUAAAAGCAAAAAAUAUCAUCGAUCUUUAUAUGCUAAUACAGAAAAGCCUGGCCCUAGACGCAUUGUCUAUUGUACAUUGAGACUUUGUUAGUUAGAGUUGAUACAAUGAAGCAUUUAGUACAUAUAAUAGUGUACAUUGUGUAACAUUGCAUUAUUGUAAGUAGAAGUAUACAAAUACAUUAGAUAUUCUUCAAUGUU